AUUGGCAAAAAAAAAUCGCAUGUUUCUGAGAAGUGGUUGAAAUUACAUAAACAAAUGAGUGUUGGGGUAUCCUGCCAGUUGAUCGCGCCAUAUAUAUAGAAAGCCUGUUUGAGUCCUAUUUUUGUCAGAUCAUGAUCUCAAAAUGUCAAUUAUUUUAUCAUUUUCUUAUUUGAUAAACUUGUUCGUUGUAGGGCACUGGUGGAAUUGCUGACAUUGUUGCUGACAUUAUUGCUAGUGCCGCUAAAUUUUCAACUUCAAAUGGAGGAAAACUUAAGUUUAAUGUGGAUGAUUGGAAAAGAGAUCGUUGGGCCGAGGUUUCUGUUUUCAGAUUAAGAUUGGCGAGGAUGAAAUCUUUAAAAGAAUUUCAUGAGACAAAUCCACAUGAUGAUAUUGAACGAGACAUAACUGCCCUUGCCCACAAUAAUCAACUCAUUGUUGUAUUUGAUCCCGCUGGAGCUAACGGGAACUUGAAGGAUGCGAUUGCUGCUGCAAUAUUAAAGAGAAUAUAUUUUCGACGUGAAAAAAAUGCCAGUAGCAAGUAUAAAUCGUUAGCUAUGGAAUUGAAAUGGUGUUUGGUUUGGGACAAAGUUGAUCAUGCGAGACAAAAUGUGUUUGCUACUCAUAUUUUUGAAAAUAUAUCAACUUCACACACAAUACAAGAGUUCGUAAGUUCAAAUCGAAAUUGA